UGCCAGGCACGGCUCCCUGGCGGAGUUCGAUCGGCCCUUUCCUUCGGGUUCCAGCAGAAAGGACGACGACUCGUCAUCGGUGGCCGGUGGAACGUCCAGCGGCUAUCUCUGCGAGGGGCGGAAGCAGGACUACUAUCUCAGUUUGGAAGAACUGGUGCAGCAGAGACGGCAAGAACAGAUGCGGACCCAAGGCCUGGAGCUUGUUCGCCUGAUACGGGAGGCGGAACAGCGUGGCUUCACGGCGGACGAUCUGCAAGUGGCCAUGAAUCACUGCGGGAACGACAAUCCAAUCAACUGGCUCCGAGACAACUGGCGUCACAUGACUGAGACUGUGGUGACCCUGGCCACCAAUUACGGUCACGAUCGCAGGGACAACACCAUCGGCAUCGUGUCCGUCAGCGAGGCCCAGAAUGCCCUGCGUCGUCAGAAAGGCAAUAUCUGGGCAGCCGUCACCGAGUGCGUCGAAAACCGGCAGAGAAUGUUUAUGGAGCUGAGUUCGAGGGGGACCUUCAGCCGUGAAGAGAUCCUGACAGCUCUAACGGACAACCACGGCAACAUGGAUAUGGCGUACGCCCAGUUGACGAAGGCGACGCUUAAACCGUUCCUGAUGCGUAUCUGGGGGCCUGGCACCGGGGUGGACAACGACGAAGGAGCGCAACCUACGCUCCCGUCUCCUCUUGACAGUAAAUCCGAUGACAGCGUCACUAAACGUGUCAAGGACUGGCUAGAGUCCCUCGAUGCGUCCCAGGUUCCCGCCUACCGGUUGGAAGCGGGUGAUGGACGAACUCAGAACAGACACUCGUUUCACGGCACCAGGACCAAAGACAUCGUAGGAGAGCGUGGCCGGUCGAGUUCACCGGCGUCGUCCUUUUCAAGUCAGAGGGAAACUUCGGACGUCAGCAGUGUUUCGUCUAUGACACGUACUACGAGCUCACGCCUCGAGGCGAUACUCCAGCGUCGCGAAGCUCAGAAGGUGUAUGAGAGAGGGCGAAAGUCGAAAAAGGAAGUUCAUACGGACCGUAAACGACGCUGGACGUUGGCUUCUGUCUUUGACGGAAAGAAGAUCGCAUCGGUAGUGAAGAAAGAUACAUUCGACAAUGCCGAAUCCAAAUGUCAAACAUCGACAUCAGUUGCUACACUUGCGUCCGACACGACGCCCCUAGACAGCAGCAGCAGCGGGGCGACCAAGUCAUCUGAAACUCUCGCUUCAGUCGAGGCCACAGGCGCCAAGCCGAAAACAUUUCUGGGGCGACUGUCUUCAUUUAGAAAAGACUCUAACAAGAAGGAAGUUAGCACGUUCGAACCCCAUGCAAUUGAAAGCUCUAGCAGUGCGAUGAACGGCACAGGUUCUAAUACCACAGUCAGUACUGAGACUGUAAAAGAAGCAGCUGUGACUGGUCAACCCGCAGAGGUCCAAAACAUCUCUCCCACGGCCGCCCCAUCGGCUGCACGGAAGGAGGGUUUUCUUAGUAAAUUGUUGAAUGCUAAACAGAAGUCAAAUGAAAGGGAACGAAUAAACGAAGGCCUGUCAAUUACACCAGGACUGUCUCAAACAGCAGGGACACCAACACUAAAGGAAGCCAGCGAGACAGCUGAUGAUUCACACAAUCGUAACUCAAUAGAAAACAUAAAACAAUCCAUACAUGCUGCCAAGAUUUCUUUUAUGACCUCCCCACCAGUGCCCGUGGUGCAACCAGAGCCCCAGAAACCUUCCAUAUCGGCUGCCGAGGCAACUCAAUCAAAGGCAUUUGUCCACAAUAGCAACAACGGCAGUUCUCUGGAACGACAUUUCAACCCAGCUCCAGCGUCAGAUAUACCUAAAACGCCCAAAGUAGGACAUAACUCGCCAAAGCUACAAAACGCGAGAGGUGCACAAUCGCCCAGGUCUACCAAUCUCGAAAAGGUCAAGGCGACCUCAAGCAUCAAACCACAGCUAAACAAAAGUGAAACCCGAACUCAGGACACUCCAGCUAAGACUCUUAUACCACAAGAGAAACAAGGCGCCUUAAAAGCUCGAAUAGCUAGUACGAGCCUAAACAAGAGUAGCAUUAGAGAACCUAACCAAGGCGAGACGAACACAAACAAAAGCAAAGGGUCAACAAAAGGGCCCGAGGCCGACGGAGGCAGCAGCGAAGUCGUGACUGUCCCCCGUACUCAAAGCAGCCCGGACUCUCAACAAACACGGCAGUUGGUCGACAAAGAAAACGUCGUCUCUACAGCUCCCUUUACGCCGGACGCUAGCACAACCACGUCUCAGAAAGCUGACUCACCAAGCAGUUCGGUUCAAGCUCUGAUGGCCACUCAGAAUGAUGACGCAGCAACUACAGGACCACCAAUUGUAGUGCUGGAUCGUAGCCUGAGUCCAAAGGAACGGGAGGUCGAAGGCUCGGCCAAAAUUGACGCGCAAGAACCGCGGAAUUCAUAUGACGCGUUGACGCAAUCUUCCUCUUCAGCUGAUAAAGUGGAGGUGGUUGUAUCGGAAGCAGAAACACCUGAUGGAAUCGUACCCCAAACCACCAGCCAGCAAGAGGGACAGGUUACGAGGCGCUCCCGACCGUCUCGUCAACAAGACGACGAAGCGACCAAUACAACCGUCCCUCGAAGGCAAGGGAGACGCCUGAGCGAUACCACGGCGCCCAGGAGACGUGAACGACCACAGCCUGAGGGAACACCUUCGACUGAAACGUCUCGGUCGGACAGCCUCAACGUAGAACCGUCGACGGCAACGGGAAAGGGCCUUUACAGGAGGCCCUCGUUGAGGCGACCCAGUCGAUCGGGUGAGAACGGGGAAGACAGCGCCGUCCGGGGUCCGGACGGGAGCGUCAUCAUCGUCAAACCUCAAAAACCCAUGGAGCGAAGAAGCAGCGUGAAUGCGAGACCGGGCUUGCACAUUUCCAGAGCUGUCGCAGCCAACAUCGCCAAGUUGAGGUCUGUACCGCCGCCCAAGAAACGCAAGCAGGUCGUGCAGCCCAGACCGGCGGGAAAACUGCCUACCGAAAAGCAGACGCAGUAUAAGGUCAAAGCGGAGGAGCUGGUGCAAGACGGAAAGUGCCCCAGCAUGGUGCACGCGCAACUUGUGGCCGAACUCAUCGACAUGAGCUUCGAUGAGGAGGACGCAAUUGUGGCGGCCGAACAGUGCGACAGCAUCUACCAGGCUGUCAACUUUCUGCAGCAAGAGUGCGAGCUCUGCGCCGCCAACUACCCCAUCAGUCAGAUGGUGUCCCUGCUUAACUGCGUCCACCGGGCGUGUAACGAGUGUCUCCGGGCGUAUUUCACCAUUCAAAUUCGGGACAGAAAUAUUGCGGAACUCCUCUGCCCCUUUUGUAAUGAACCUGACCUUGGCGAUGAAGACGUGGAGCUCAAUUACUUCAACAAUCUCGACGUCUUGUUAAAAAACCUCGUGGAGCAAGACGUGUACGACUUGUUCCAACAGAAACUUCGCGACCGCGCUCUGAUGAAGGAUCCCAACUUCCGAUGGUGUUCCCAGUGUUCGUCGGGCUUCAUCACAUAUCCGGACCAAAAGCGCCUCGUUUGUCCAGAUUGCAGAGCGGUCACCUGCGCAUUUUGCCGGAAACCUUGGCAAAAGCAACACGAAGGCAUCAGUUGCGAGCAGUUCCAGGAGUGGCAAGAGGACAACGAUCCCGAGAGUCAAGCCGAGGGCAUCGCGCGCUACUUGUCGGACAACGGCAUCGACUGCCCAAACUGCAAGUUCAAGUAUGCACUGGCGCGGGGCGGCUGCAUGCACUUCAAGUGUUACCAGUGCGGCUUCGACUUCUGUUGCGGUUGCAAUCAACCCUUCAAAAUGGGAGAGAAGUGCGGCUGGUCUCCGAUUUGCGCGAAGCUUGGCCUUCACGCCCAUCAUCCCCGAAACUGUCUUUUUUAUCUGCGGGACAAAGAUAUCAACGAACUGCAGAAACUGCUGGAGGAGAAAGCUGUGGCCUUCAACAAAGACCCGCCGGCGCACUGGGAAAAGACUUCCAAGUGUCAGGUCCCCGAACAGAAGGAGACGUCAGAGGGCCUCAAAGACGAUAUUUGUGGGAAAUGUGUCGAAGCCGGCAUGGCCGGGCUGUGCAGAACGCAUUACAUCGAGUACCUCGGACAACUCAUAUUCAGACAUCGCAUUGAUCCGCUACCCAUUUUUGACGUGGACGAAUUGGAGCUGGUACUCAAGCGGGCGAAUAUCCGGCUGCCCUCCCGUUACAAGCUCUCCGAUCGGCAAUACCAAGACGCCCUCAUCAAGAUUAUCGAGACGGACGUACCACUGGAAAGAAGCGCCGGAAAGAGCUGAAAAAUUAUGCCAAAGCACACUGGGGACUCGGAAGUCGCAAGACACGUUUUCCACCACGAAUGUUCGAGGGAGUGGGACAAAAAAAAAAGCUAAUGUCCUCGAAUGAAAAAUACUACGUCGCGACGCUGUGGAGAAUUGUGUUCACGGAAUGAAGAACUCUCUUUACUGAAGCUUCAUUUUUUUUUUUUUUAAACAAAACUAACUUUUUUUUUUUUUUUUUGCAGUUGCUGUAACUGAAAUUCAGAGAAGCCAUUGCGUUUGUAAUUUGUUGUCGCGCUUCGCGCUGCGUUGUGAAAGGUCACCUCUGAGAUUUUCGCGAUAUUACACUGGAAAGAAAGGACGAGAAGUGUUUACUAUAUCUGGAGGGUUUGUGCUUUUUUUUUUUUUUUUUGCCGUGUUGGCCUUUAACUAAGGUCAAAAUCAGGUCGUAAACACAUUGCGGAAAACAUGGGCGGAAUACGGGGUAUAAACAGGGCGCGCGUUGCCUUAAGUUUCUCCUCCGCUUCCGGUUUUUUAACGUUAAUUUCAUAACUUAGUUACGAACCAAAUAGCCCAUAUUACCCGUUUAGUGAUGCUCAAGAGAGGUGCGUACAAUUUGUGUUACAUUUAUCAUUUCGUCAUAGCACAGAGUGCUGGAAUUAAUACAAAAAAACUAAUCGUUAAAUAAAACCAAACCAACGUAGCGUUUUUUAUUUGUAGUUCUAUGUGAAUAUUAAGUUUUAAACACGUUCAUUGAUUUUGGUUUAAACACCCUUUUGGUGUGGCUAGUCAACGACAAGAACCCUCAGUCUGACAUAUACUGCGUUAGAUUUAGGAGCUUGUCUACGUCAUAUAUAAAGUGAAAAUAGAACGUUUGCGAUGCAUGUAGCAUAAUUAAUUAGAAAGGCAAUUUCGUAUCGAGUAUAGCACUGCGAAUUACCAAGACCUUGUAGGACAACUUGAAUGAAUAUAGCGCGGUGACGCAGGUAUACAUUUUCGCAAUGUAUGAAUACGGGGGCAAACGCCAGAGCGCACUUUCCCCCCAUUAUAAACACACAGGGUGCUGAAUGUUCUGUUUUCACCUUGAAACCACGCGCUCGAUGCUAAUCUUGAGGCUGAAACGCUGCGCCGGGUCUACCGUAAAUCAGUCAUCGGGAGUCUUAAAACGCUCCUUCAACGCGGAUCUUGCUCUUUGAGCCAGAAAAGCAUCUCUCUUGCAGGACUUGUCAAGUCUGCCUGUUUUUUUUUUUUUUUUUUUUUUAUUUUCUUUUUUUUUUACCCUCUUCCAAAAUAAACUGAAGCUUAGGUCGCCA